AUGAGUCAACCACCAGUGAAGAAGGCACGCCUCAUAGCGAGAGAACACGACUUAUCGAUGUACACGGCUUCUUACGACACAAACACGAAUGGCAUCGAGGCCGCCAACGAGCACAAGGAAAGUGACUACGACACUUACUCUUCACCAAGACCGGAAGGGAAAAAGACGUAUCGCGUCAAGAACCGAGCCGCUGCAAAGCGAUGCCGCGAGAAGACAAAACAACACGAGCUAGAUCUCGCCGCUCAAGAACAGCGAGUCACACAAGAGCGAAUGUAUCUCGAUGCCUGUGUAGCAGCGCUCAAAAACGAGGUUCUGGUUCUGAGAAGCCAGAUUCUCGAACACGGAGACUGUGACUGCGAGAUGAUUCGAGGAUAUAUCGCAAGAACAGCUAGCAAUGUGAGCAUCGGGCUUCAUGGAGAACAUCAGCUGGUGUAG